AUGUUACCACCGACCGUGCUGACCGGCCUGGCCUGGCUGGCAGGCCUCGUGGCCGUCCCCGGCAGCCCCGCUUCCCGCACCUCCGCGGGCAAGAUAGAAGAGCGGCUGCUCCUUUCCAAGGGCCUUUUAGCAUUCAGGUGCAGUCGCGGGUUUAUAACACCGGCAAUCCCUGAUGCCUGGGACCUUCUUCUGAUGUCUGUCCAUCUCCCUCCUCCACAGAUCCCCCAGAUCAGCUAUGCCUCCACCGCGCCGGACCUGAGUGACAACAGCCGCUAUGACUUCUUCUCCCGGGUCGUCCCCUCUGACACCUACCAGGCCCAAGCCAUGGUGGACAUCGUCAAAGCCCUCAAGUGGAACUAUGUCUCCACCUUGGCCUCUGAGGGUAGCUACGGCGAGAGCGGCGUGGAGGCCUUCAUCCAGAAGUCCAGGGAGGAUGAAACGUUGGAGCAGGAAGCCCUGGCUUUUGUGGAGCAGGAGGCUGGGAGCCCUGCGGCCGUGCAAUUACUCUUCCAGUUGCCAGCUCCCCCCUCGCCCACACUCCAGCUUUAAUUUUAAUUAGCUGCUUUUGCAAAUGCCCUGUGGCUGGUUCGGUGAUCAGCCUGCAAGGCUUCCCCCCUCCCUGGACAG